CCGGAAUUAAUCUACCGACCGGUUGUCGGCAAAACCAACGACCACGUAUUUGCCGAAAGACACUGCCGAGCUGGUGUUAUGUCAACGUAUAGCCUGCACGUCCAACGCCAGUCGAGAUGAUGAAACUGCUGACGGAGGAUUAAAGCUCUGCUUCACGGCAGUUCACACGUCUCUUUCUCCAAGUUCGGAACAUCAGUUGGCGCAUAGUCCUCGGUGUUAAUAUUCUCCUCGUUUACUCGCGUUUUAGUCUUCGGUUUGCAUAGAACUUUUCCUGCGGGUUUUCAUGUCGAAACAUUGCUUUAGAGUAAGGUUUUUGCGAGCAUUCGAUAUACGUUUAGGGAGACACUUUAUACGUCGGUUUAAAUUGAUUUGGACGCGUUUAAUACCCGGAUCCGUUAGUUUGUCCAGAGUCGUCGAAAAAAAAAAAAGCGGGAAGCGCUUUAAAACGUCCUGUGAGCUGUACUGGCGGUGUUUCUGAUUAAAACAGAUUAGGAAAAAAAGUUUUAGUGCUAGAAAGCGUUGAAUUGUCUCUUUUUCCCUGUUUUGUUUGUUUUACUUCUCUUAUUCCUUGUUUUCUUAUAAUUUGUUCGCAUUGGAUUUUUGUCAAAGCCCUCUCGUGUCUUUAAGACGCGUUUCCAACGGUUCUUCCGAUAUGUCAGAUGCUCCGGACUCCGUGUCUGUUGAAGAAGCCUUGUCUGCGACUUCUCGUACGAAGACUGGUCGUAUUCGAAAACGGCUUGCUGCUGCGUGUGCAACAUGUAGAAAGCGAAAGAUUCGAUGCUCCGGGAGCAUUCCUAGUUGUGCGAAUUGCCAAAAGAAUAAGCUCUCUUGCCUGUAUCCGGCCCGUAGAAACUCAAUUCAAUCAGAGGAACAAAGGUUGUUUAUGAUGGAGAAAACUACUGCUGCUCUUGCGGCUAGCCCAUCGAGUCCACCGUCGAGUAGCGGACGGCGUUCUUCUGUCUCCGCGUCAGUUUCUUCAAUUUCUCCUAGGGAAUCCUUUGAGCAUGAAACGCGAUCUAAUACAGCUGCAUUUUCGUCGUCUCCUGAGAUGAUUUCGCCAACGUUUUCGAGUUCUACACUGCAAUCUCUGUCUCUGUCAGAGAAAAGGAUCUCUUCUGAGCUACAUCCCAGCUACACUGCACCUCACCGUCUUCCAGGCGGCCCCAUGUGGACAGAAGGGGCAGACCUUUUGCCCCCUUUAGAUGUGCAAGUUAGGCUUGCAAAAGUCUUUUUCACAUACUGUCAUGGGCAGCCUUUUAUCUUGUUUCACCGGGAAACGUUUAUGCAAUAUCUCCAGGACGAGUCUAUGCCGCCUGUGUUGAUGUUGGCUGUCUGUGGUGUUGCUGCUCGCUUUGCAGAGGAUGUUGAAUUGUCAAUUCCGAACAGACACGCUUUCAUUGAACAGUGUAUUGAGAAUGUUUCAAAGAUUGCUAUGAAUAGCUUUGAACGAUUGGAUUUAGUGUAUGUGGCGGUGUUCCUACUGCUCUCGCUUGUCUAUAUCGGAUCGUCCAAGUUUUGGAUACAUGGAGGAAUGGCCAUUCGCAUGGUCGUUGCACUCGCUCCAAACUGCUCAAAGCAAUUGGCAUACUACGAUUCAGCAGAGCAUCCUAUGUCUGAAGCGCUCAGUUGCCAGCUAGCCCAUCGCGUAUUCUGGAAUUGCUUCAUGGUUGACCGGUUUAAUUCAUUGUACUGUAAAACGCAGUUCCUUGAUUCACAGGAUAUCAAGGUUCCGCUGCCGACACGGGAGACAAUUUUUCAGGAAGAAAAAAUUGCCAUUACAGAGACGCUUGACGGGGAAACUCAUCAUCAUCAUCACUCACAUUCUUCACACUCGCAUCAAAAUCCGCGCAACAAUAUGGGACUUGUGGCUUUUACUGUCCGUAUCACUUCUAUUUGGGGGAAAAUUGUUAGGUUUUUAAAGUCGUACAAGAAGCACAAGCCGCAUGAUGUACCUCCGUUUUGGCACUCAAAAAGUGAAUUUGCCAAGUUGGACGAAAGCGUGUAUGAGUGGGCACGAAUGUUGCCUUCUCGUCUUCAUUACUCACGCCAGAGCCUUCUUUCGUAUCAUAUGAUCAAACAAGGAGGUCCAUUUGCGUACAUGCACAUCUGCUAUCUGCAGAGCUUGCUGUACAUUCAUCUGUAUUCCGUAUUUCGUCGUACCGCUCGGUUAUCGAGACCUCCCCCGGGCCAAUUCAUCCACGAAUCUCUUCGCUUGGCUGUGCGUUGUGCAAAUGGCAUUAUUCACAUUAUUCGCGACUGCUACGACCUAUCUAUUCAUUUGACUGCACCCUUUUUGACGACUAGUUCCUUUAUGGCAUCUCUUGUCGUUCUCUUUCACAUGGAAGACGGCACGUUACUGUCCGCUCCAUCCAGACAAAGGCUCUCAACACUGUCUCACUUCUUGUCCGUAAUGAAGGCUUAUUGGCCAAACCUGGCUUCCUUUUAUGAUGCUUAUUACGCGCUGAAGGUGUAUGUGCUUUCUCACUCCAUGCAACCUACGCUUACCAUGGCUCCAUUGAAUUCGGCUUCGCAUCUGCCCGUUAUACCAGGCAUCAAUACCAUUCCUGCCCCUGCUCUUCUCUCCAGAAGAGGGUCACUCACUGAUCCAAUGACUACUCAAUCACCUUUUUCCUCUCCAACCUGGUUACCCAUGAUGAAUGGUGGAAUGUUGACUCAAGGGCUUAUUUCGAAUCCAAUUGCAUUGCCUGCAUUGGAACAGAAUACGCACUCUUUGAAACAUCAGCAACAACAAGCAUUCCGUAUGAAUACUCUUAUUACGCCGCCGGCGGAUCCAACGCCUGCUUCGCAGUUGAAGGAUGCAUCGCCGUCGCUUUCCUCAGAGUCGCCCCUACAACAAAGUCAUUCUAUUCAUAACGCGGCUCCGGCCUUGGAGCCAAGUACAAUGAAUGGACCAGCUAUGCCUGCGUCGAUGUCGUAUAUGAAACCUAAUAACAGUGCUCAAUUGCCAGCUGGUUUAACUGCUGACCCGACUCUGAAAUCCGUGGAAGCUUAUCCGUUUUCUCUUGAUGAGAAUGUGAAGCUUUCCACAUCCUUGUGUUGCUGGUUUCUGCCCAUGACAGAAACACAGUCAUUGAAUGCACUACCUCAAUUACAACCCUCUGAGGAGGAAGCAGCUCAGGCGAUAUCUCUUGAACGGCACCUCCUCUUCAUCGAAGGUGGCGGGUACUUUUCUUAACGCUUUUAACUUUACGUUUACGUAAGAAUCGUUGUGCUUGUUGCACCGUGUAUCUGCGUUAGGAAUGGGGACGUAUCAUCGUGCGCCGUUUGCAGCUGGCUGUUACGGUGUGCGCAUUCAAUCAUUUUGAACUCUUGUUCCUUGCAUUCUUUUACAAAGCACAAUUAUUCUGCGUUUUUGCUGUCCCAUGUCUGUUCCUCCCUUUUGGCCAAUCCGUUAAUUGCAAGCAUCACUAUUUAGUCGAUGAAAGUACCAUAUACAUCUCAUUGUGUUCUCCGCUGUCUCAGAAACUCUUGGAAGUCAUUAAUUGUGUAUAUGGGUGUUUAAUUAGACCCUCAGCCGUGUACGGUCUUGCUUCACUAACUUCCGUUCUCUAGUUAAUUCCUGUGUAUGAUGCUGUUUGUUUUCUGCUGUGAUAAACACUUUACCUUUCUCACCAUAUCCUCGCUGAGCUAUAUUUGCCCUUUCGUCAGGUAUUAUCUCCUUCGCAUACGCACACACAGACACACAUCUGUAUACACUCACACAUACUUACUUCCCUACGGUAAAAGCCGUCCUCCGACAUUUACGCUUCUGUUUUUUUUUUUCUUUUUUUCCUGUUUCACUUAUUUGUUAUUUGUAUAUAGAGAUGUUUUAUUUUGUAUUGUUAACCGGUUUUGAAGAAAGUUUAUUUCCAUUUAUUUUGUCUUGACUUUUGCAUCUGAA